AUGAUGCAGAAUCUACCUCUGGAACACCGGAAGAUGCUCCUCAGCUACUUCAAUCGAGUGUGGGAGACUGGUGACGUUCCUCCUUCAUGGAAGGCGGCUUGUGUUGUCCCAGUGCUGAAGCCCGGCAAAGAAAUGACAGACUUGGCUUCGUAUCGUCCUGUAUCACUGACAUCGUGUGUGGCUAAGCUCAUGGAGAAGCUGGCAAGCGCUUGGUGCGCCUUGAGGAUAGGUGUAGUGUCCAUUGCCUGUUGUGAGGUGCUGGACACCCGCUCUUGCAAGCGAGAAGUUUUCCGGGAGAGUCCCGCCUCGGAAGGCGAGGCCGCUGCGCCCACUAGCCCGGAGGUCGGUGGGGCUCCCUGUGGGAUUGAGGUGCGCCGGCUGUUGCCAGCGCUGGAAGGGGCCGGGGAGGUUGAGGCAGCCUUGGCUGCGCCUACCUUCGGGGCCGCUAUCGGUCCUGCAGGAUCCCUGCUUGUAGCGCAGGUUGCUGCAGGAGCCAAAGGUACCUGCUCGCUGCGCGCGGGCUGGGCACUUGGCAUUGACCACUGCAACGCUGCCCCCCGACGCGCCGCAUCAGCAUAA